AUGGGUCGAGCCUCAUUCGAAUACGAUGAGGUCGGAAACACAUUUUAUUAUGUGUUAGUAUCGUUCUAUGCAAUUAUACUGUUUCCGGUGACGUAUUAUUGUUUACCAACAAAAUCGAGCCCUGGUGAGUGUUUUUAGUUUUAAAAAAUGAUGUUUUUAUAUGUAAAAGUGUAUUAUUUCUCAUCUGACUCAGUUUUCUCGAUUUCUCAAAGAAAGUAUUUUUUACAGAACCAGAACAUGUCGUGAACGAACAUGAAUGUCAAUGUAAAGGUUGUGAUCGAAAACGGAAAUUAAAAGCGGCGAAUAAACCAUGGAGAAGAACUAAGAAAAUAUUGAUAACUGUUGGAUUGAUAGUUGCUUGGGCCAUUUUUGCAUUAAUCGUCAAAAAAACAACUGAAAUCGAGCAAACUCAUAAAGAUUAUGAUCCAUAUCAAAUUCUUGGUCUAGAUGUAGGAGCCGAAGAGAAAGCUAUCAAAAAAGCAUAUCGUGAUCAAUCUAAAAUUCAUCACCCUGAUCGAGGAGGCGAUCCAGUACAUUUCGACAGAAUUGCAAAAGCUUAUCAAGCUCUCACUGAUAAAGAAGCCAAAGAAAAUUGGGAAAAAUAUGGAAAUCCUGAUGGACCACAAGCAACAACAUUCGGAAUCGCUCUUCCCAAAUGGCUUGUUAGUAAAGAAUAUGGAUUAUGGGUUUUGGCAUUUUAUGGACUUAUAUUCAUGGUUAUUUUGCCAGUUGUAGUUGGAAUUUGGUGGUACAAUUCGAUUAAAUAUAGUGUUGAUAAGGUUUUGUUAGAUACAUCGAGAUUAUAUUAUUAUUUUAUUCACAAAACACCAAGAAUGGAGAUUGGAAGUGAGUUUUAUUAAAAUAAAAAAAUAUAAUAUUUAUUGUUAACAAAUUUUUUAUAGGAAUGAUUGCUGUAUUGUCUGGAUCAUUCGAGUUCAAUAAACAAUACAACAAAGAGAUUGUCGAAAGAGAAAGCGAUGAAAAAGAACUUCCAAGACUCAUGAAAUCUCUUCCUGGUGUAAGCGAUAAAGGCAGAGAACAACCAUUAUCAAUGCCGUAUGCAUUGAAAGCUAGAAUUCUUAUGCAUAGUUAUUUGACCCGUCUUCCACUUGAAUCGGAAAUGGAAAACCUCGAUCAAGAUCAACAUUAUAUUGUUGGAAAAUUGUUGAGAUUAGUCGAAGAAAUGUUGCAAUGUUCGCAAAAUCUCUUGAUUUAUUCACAAUGUAGAAUUCCAAUCGAAACAUUCGAAAAUUUCAUGAAACUUCAACCGAUGUUUGUUCAAGCCUUGUGGCAGAAAAAUUCACCUCUAUUACAACUUCCACAUAUUACCGAAUACAAUUUACAACAUUUACGCAAACAAAAAAUCCAUUCAUGUAAUGAUUUGGCUGUAAUGGAUGGUGAAAAAAGAAGAAGUGUUUUGAGAACAUUGACAGAUGAAGAAUAUCGAGAUGUUUUGAUUGUUUUGUCAACAAUGCCACGAUUGCAAAUUGAGACAAAGACUGUUGGUCAGUUUUAUUUUCCAAAAAUUUUAGGCUAAAUAGCAGAUCAGGUCCCCAACAGUUAUCAUUUCAGGCCCAAAUUUUUGGUGGGUCCACGAUGGGGGCUUCUUCUGUGACAAGGGGAUCUGAUUUGAAGUUGGGCACACCUGGAGAGACGUGUCCAAUAGGGACACUGUACAAAAAGUUUCAAAAGCCACGCUGUACACUUUUUCACGAAAAUGUGUAGUUAAUAAUAAUAAUUUAUUGGAGAAAAAAUAAUAAGAGAGAGAAUAAGGAUUAUACUUGACGACUCCAAUGAAAAACAUUGAUUUUCAGCGGAUUUUGAUAAAAAUUUUAAAAUUUCACGAUGCCCAAAAAUUUUGGGACACUCUCCAGGUGCCUGUUCUUCGUUUUAACCAAUUUUGAUAUUCAAAAAUAAAAUGAUGAAUUUUUAGUGGAAGGAGAAGAUGAUCAACAUGAACUUACUGCUGGAUGUGUUUUGACUCUCAAAGUAACCAUGAAAAGAACUCGACUCAUCGAUCCACAAGCAGCUGGAAUUAAGGAUCAACAUAAAGCAUAUUCAACCGAAGAUGAAGGAGAAGACGGUGGAAACGAAACCGAAGAACAACCAACACCAAAUACUGAAGCGAAGAAACCUGCCAAAAAACCAUGGGAGAAAAAUAAGCCAAAAGCGAAAAAAGCCGGAGGAAAUAAGAAGAAAAAUAAUGCAGUAGUAAAGAAGGUUGUCAAAAAAGAGACACCAGAGGAGAAAGAGAAAGAAAAGGAAGAAUCGGAGUCCGGUUCAGAUUCUGGAUCCGAUUCCGAAACAAAUCAAUCGGAUAAUGAAGAAGAUCGAGAUGAUAAUAAAGGAUCAGAUUCUGAAUGGGAAGAUGAUGUGCCAGCCAAGAAAAUGAACUUUGAAACAAAGUCUGUGGAAACUCACAAAGUUCAUGCACCAUUUUAUCCAGGAGAAAAGUUCGAAUGGUGGUGGGUGACAUUGACGCAAGUUGAUAAAAAGGAAAAAGUUCGACAAUUGGUGACUGCCACCCAAUUAGUGAAAACAUUGGUCGAUGAACAAACGGUUCGUUUUUUUUUGUUGAAACUUUUUGAAAAUUGAGAUUAUUUGUUUAUUUCCAGGUUGAUAUUCGAUUUGGUGCCCCACAACAGAAAGGAGUUUACACAUAUAAUUUAUCAAUUCGAUCGGAUUCUUAUCUUGAUGCUGAAUAUAGUGUUGACUUCAAGAUUGAUUUGAAAGAAGCGAAAACAAUUGAAAUCAAACACGAAGAUUUUGAUGAUGAAGAAGGUGAAGAAGUUGGAGAAGUUAGUAGUGAAGAUGAUUAUACCGAAGGAUCAGAUUCAGAUGACGAAUAG